AUGGCUGAAGAAUUCCACGAAUCCGACAUCAUCUUCUCCGACCACCACCACCACCACCGCCGCCGCCUCGUCCACUCUUCCCUUGACCAUUCCCAAAUCCUCGUCACACCUCAUCGGAACUCCAAAAACAACCACAAACAUUCCGCCGCCUCUAGUCUCCCCAUCAAAAUCCCAGAAACCGUUAUCCGUUUAACCUCCGACAUGGGGGAGCUGGACGAGGAAUGGGACAGUGACGACAAUAUAGUCCCGCCGCACAUGAUCAUCAGGCGGCGCCUGGCCGGAAAGAUGGCCUUCUCUGUCUGCACCGGCGAUGGAAGGACGCUUAAAGGAAGAGAUUUAAGCCACGUUCGAAAUUCAAUUCUUAGGAUGACUGGAUUUCUCGAAACUAAUUGA